UCUCUCUCUCCCUCUCUCUCUGUGUGUUGUCUCAUCUUGCCUGUGCUGUCUGGGCGGGGGAGCCCUGCCUCCUUUUGCCUUCCUCAGAUCAAUGCCCUGGCCACUCACUUUCUGAUGUUGCACGACGGGAAAUGCUUUGAAUACUUACGACAUGGCCGCUCACAUUGAUUGCCAAGAUUGACAGCAGUAACCAUCGCCUUCACUUGUUUCAGGAGGAAAAAAAAAUAAUAAUAAUGAACCUGAUUGUAACCAAAUCUCCAGGCAACCCAUCCGCAAACUUCUAACGAUCGGGAUCCUGCACAUCCAUGGCCCGGAGAAACACCAGCAGACUUUAGCUCAUUUAUUUUAUUUUAUUUUAUUUUAUCUUAUUUUAUUUUAUUUUACUGAAUUACUACCCAUUUAUUCCUCCUUCUCUCUCUCCUUUCACCUCCUUCCCUCUUUUUUUUAAUGAAAAUUACCGAAGCGCGUUGCAAAAAAAAAGGAGGCUCUCCCAUUGCUUUGUGCCACACUGGAUCCCGAGGAGAUGCUGUGAAAUUUAAGGCAAAAUACUAAUUCCACUGGCCUGAAAGCUCCAUCAUCUUCCCCUGUGAUAGAUUUUCUGAUGUUAUAGCGGUUGCUCGAGAUUCUAAGGUGUCAGUUUCAUGAAUUCAAAAGCAACUUACCAGUGAUUUCUGGGAGCUGGGGCUGAUUUUCUUGUGUAUUUAAGAAUGUCUUCCAAGCAGGCCACCUCUCCAUUUGCAUGUGCAGCUGAUGGAGAGGAAACAAUGACCCAGGACUUAGCAUCACGAGACAAGGAAGAGGGCAACAGUGAUCAGCAUGCGACCUCUCAUCUGCCUCUACAUAAUGUAAUGCACAACAAACCUCACUCUGAGGAGCUACCAACUCUGGUCACAACCAUCCAACAAGAUGCUGAAUGGGAUGGGGUCAUCUCAGCCCAACACAGAAUGGAGUCAGAAAGUAAUAAGUUAUGUUCCCUAUAUUCCUUCCGAAAUACCUCUACCUCACCACACAAGCCCGACGAAGGAGGUCGUGACCGCAGUGAGCUAAUGACCAGUGUUAAUUUUGGAACGCCAGAACGCCGCAAAGGAAGCCUUGCUGAUGUGGUGGACACACUGAAGCAGAAGAAACUAGAAGAAAUGACCAGGACUGAGCAAGAGGAUUCAUCCUGCAUGGAAAAGCUACUUUCUAAAGACUGGAAGGAGAAGAUGGAAAAAUUAAACACAAGUGAUCUCCUUGGAGAAAUUAAAGGUACACCAGAAAGCCUGGCAGAAAAAGAGCGACAGCUCUCCACCAUGAUCACCCAGCUGAUCAGCUUACGGGAGCAGCUCCUGGCUGCCCAUGAUGAGCAGAAAAAGCUGGCAGCUUCACAAAUUGAAAAACAACGGCAGCAAAUGGACCUUGCUCGCCAACAGCAAGAACAGAUUGCAAGACAACAGCAGCAACUUCUGCAACAGCAGCACAAAAUCAAUCUACUGCAGCAGCAAAUUCAGCAGGUUCAGGGUCACAUGCCUCCGCUCAUGAUCCCAAUUUUUCCACACGACCAGCGGACAUUGGCAGCGGCUGCUGCAGCCCAGCAGGGAUUCCUCUUCCCCCCAGGAAUAACUUACAAGCCAGGUGAGAACUACCCGGUGCAGUUCAUUCCCUCUACGAUGGCAGCUGCCGCUGCUUCUGGACUCAGCCCUCUGCAGCUCCAGCAACUGUAUGCAGCUCAGCUGGCUAGCAUGCAAGUUUCUCCCGGAGCCAAGAUGCCAUCUACUCCGCAGCCACCAAAUACGACAGGGGCGCUCUCACCCACUGGCAUGAAAAACGAGAAGAGAGGGACCAGCCCGGUGACUCAAGUUAAGGAUGAAGCAGCCCAGCCACUGAAUCUUUCAGCCCGACCCAAGACAGCUGAACCUGUCAAAUCCCCAACAUCUCCAACACAGAACCUCUUUCCAGCUAGCAAAAGCAGUCCGGUGACUGUGACAAGUAAGAGCGGCAUCCCCAGCCCCCUCGGUGGAACUCUGGGAAGAGGAUCCUCUUUAGAUAUCCUUUCCAGUCUUAACUCACCUGCCCUAUUUGGGGACCAGGACACAGUAAUGAAAGCCAUUCAGGAGGCUCGAAAAAUGAGAGAGCAGAUCCAAAGGGAGCAGCAGCAGCAGCAGCAGCAGCCGCAUGGAGUUGAUGGAAAAUUGCCCUCCAUGAAUAACAUGGGUCUAAACAACUGCAGGAGUGAAAAGGAAAGAUCAAGGUUUGAAAAUUUAGGCCCCCAGUUAACAGGGAAAACCAAUGAAGAUGGAAAACUGGGCCCUGGUGUCAUUGAUCUUACAAGGCCAGAAGAUGCAGAAGGCAGUAAAGCAAUGAAUGGCUCUGCAGCUAAACUACAGCAGUAUUAUUGUUGGCCAACAGGAGGUGCCACUGUGGCUGAAGCUCGGGUCUACAGGGAUUCGCGGGGCCGAGCCAGUAGCGAACCGCACAUCAAACGACCAAUGAAUGCUUUCAUGGUUUGGGCAAAGGACGAACGUCGGAAAAUUCUCCAAGCUUUCCCUGACAUGCACAACUCCAACAUCAGCAAAAUCCUAGGAUCUCGCUGGAAGUCCAUGUCAAAUCAAGAGAAACAACCUUACUAUGAAGAGCAGGCACGGCUAAGUAAAAUCCACCUAGAAAAGUAUCCUAAUUACAAAUAUAAACCCCGACCAAAACGUACCUGCAUUGUUGAUGGAAAGAAAUUGCGUAUUGGUGAAUACAAACAACUGAUGAGGUCUCGAAGACAGGAGAUGAGGCAGUUUUUUACCGUAGGACAACAGCCUCAAAUUCCAAUCACCACAGGAACGGGUGUUGUCUACCCUGGUGCUAUUACCAUGGCAACUACCACGCCAUCACCUCAGAUGACAUCCGACUGCUCUAGCACCUCUGCCAGCCCUGAGCCCAGCAUCCCUGUCAUUCAGAGCACUUACGGUAUGAAGACGGACAGCGGAAGCCUUGCUGGAAAUGAAAUGAUAAAUGGAGAGGAUGAAAUAGAAAUGUACGAGGACUAUGAGGAUGAUCCCAAAUCAGACUAUAGCAGUGAAAAUGAAGCCCACGAGGCAGUCAGUGCCAACUGAGGAGUGUUCACAGAAUUAAAGUACUCAGACUCAUUUGGGUUUUUUGGGUUUUUUUUGAACAAAAAGUUCUUAAAGAGCCUGCAUGCAUGUGUGGCUCCUACAGUUACAUCAGCAGAAUGGUCUUAAAUGUUUCUUAAAGUGUGAGACAGAUUGUUUCCCUAAUUUUUCAUGAACUUGGGUUUUUUGUUUUUGUUUUUUUUUUAAUUUAGAUGAAGACAUAUAUUAAAUAUCAGACAUCAGGACUUGAAAACUUAUAUGAAUCAAUAGCUGUCUUACAAGUCUUACCUUUUGUCUUUUUCCUUUUGGAUGCUGAUAAAGGUUUAAGUUACUGUUUUAGAUGGGGGUUAUACAUUCUCACUCAGGUAUGCUGUGCCAGCCUACAGGUUGUGAAUGUGUUUUUAUUCUGGAUUAUUUUAGAAAACAAAAACUGCAGAUUUCAUAUUGUAAAACAGAACAAGUCCGCAAGUGUGCACAUCUGUGCAUCAUAGCUCAUCUUUAAAAAAUAGUCUCUCAAUUCCAUUUUUUUUCCAUAUGUAUAGCUGAACUUCUGAUGUGCCAAACUUUUCAUAACUUUUGAAUCUUAACAUUUAAAAAAAAGUCUUAAAGGAGACACUGUAAAGUCUUAGACAAUCCUUUGGCAUCUUAAAAAAAUUAUAUAAAAAAACUAAUUUUUUUCCAGAAAAUGGUAAAGUACUCAGGAAUCUGGAGACAGGAUAUUCUUAAGUAGUGAACAUGGUUGCCAUAGUGCAUGUGCCCAAUUGCUUUUGCCUCUUGAUGUGCCGUUAGUGUGAAACUUUAAGUAAGCACAAAAGAGCGAUCACCAGCUAUGGACGGGCCUGUCUUAGCAGUGUGAGGCCACCUCUGACUACAUUCUCUACCCCUUUGCUUCUAACCCUUGCAUUCAGUCUUAACACAUUUUCUCUUAAAUAAUUUAUUCAUUCCAGAAUGUCAAGGGUCCAAAUACUUAAUAUUUAUUUUUAAAAGUACUGUUGGUGGCAUUACACUUAAAAUUCCUUAUUGAUGUUUUAAAGAGCCCUUUCUUUUUCCUCCCCCCAGAUACACAGGUAUAUGAAAAUCAAAGUGCACCUGCUACUAAACUGACCAUGAAACUUAUGAAUGGGAAAUUCAGUUGUUUCCAUAACAAUAUACGUUCAGGGAGCACUUGGAAACACUCUGCUAUAUGUAAGGCAAAGUAAAGUGAGUACUUCUAUAUGUACAUACAGUGCAAAUACUCCUAAAAAAUUGUGUUUAUGGUUACAAACCUCUAUACUUAGAAUCUGCAGAUACGGACAGACAGGAUGAUGUAAAGGUAGGCUUUUACCUGUCUGCCAUCAGGCAGAUGUAAAAUCCAAACUGCAUAUAGAGUCUGCCGUGAUGAAUUUUUAGGGCCUGUACAAUCCUGCAGUGAGUCAAGGCUCCGUACAUGGCCGUUCCUGUUGUCACCUGAAGGAACUGUCUGCUCCCUGGAGUGUAUUUAUGCAGUGAUUUAUAUGUGAGACUCCUACUGGGGGAGGGAAGGCCACACAAAUGUCUGACUUGCAAAGCUGGGAAAAUAGUGCAUCAAAAUAUUUAUUGAAUAUUAGUCACAAGGGAAUGGGAGCCAGAUCUUGAUGAAUGUUUGUCAAGUCCUUUGGGAUUGUUGGAUGAAAGGUGCUAUAAAAACUAAAAUUUUUAUUUGUAUUACUACUAUAAAAAUACAAUUGCUAGAGAAAAUUCUGGGAAAGAUAUAGAGAGAGAUAUUAAAAGAUUGAAAAUUUAUUACUUUUCAGAGACAGAGAAGAAAUCACCUUUAUUUUUUCCCCCCUCUCACUCCACUCCUGAUAUUCACAAAUACAUCACUGUACGUAAUACGCAGAUGCAGUGGGCCUGAUGAAUCCAUGUGCUGGGCCACCUCAGCUCCCUUAGCUUUUCCUUGGACAUGGAUAUGCUCAGCACACUGGUGGUAAAUUCAGACUCAGGCUGACAGGUAUGCGUGAGCCCAGUCCAGCUCCUCUCGAAGCCCAUGGGAAUCUUCCCAUGGAGCUAAAUGAGCUUUGUUUAGGGCCCAGACGAUGAAAAAAGUGUAGCAUUAAUGCUGGUUCUCCCUGGGCUAUCACACUAUCUUGCAGAAACUCGUGUAAGGUGUAACGAUGAGUUGCUGUGCCAGGAGCUGUCAUUUUCCUCAUAGCCCCAGUAAUACCUAUUUGAGUGGAGAAAGCCAGUGUUGCCACUGUAGGAAUCACAUUUAAAUGUGCAAAAACAACCCCCAAAACAAAGGAGAUUGUUCAAUUUACAGGACAAUUUAUACAGAUAAUGACAUAGAAACACAAUGGUCAAAUUUCUCUGGCCAUUUUGUAAUUUGGAACAAAAUGCUAUAUUUUUAAUAUUUAUUUAAAUGUGUUCUGAGUCCAUGUCUAGUAAGCAAUAAACUGGUCUAGCCAAGACUUUAAAGGCAAAUGCUGUGUCGUUAGCUGGUGAGCGCCCUCUUUAAGCUGGCUAAGGUACUGAUAGAAAGUGUUUUUUGUUCUUAUAAUUGCUUGGAGAUUUGAACUGUUUUUAAUACAUUCAGCUCAGAUUGGGGGGAGGGUACCAUUAUUUCCUUAAAAAUGACUAUUUAUUAAUGUCUUACAUAAUUCUCCAGUUAGAAGUAUCUCUCCCUCUCCCCACGUGACUUUCUUUCUCUCUUGCUCUCUUUUUUUCUGGUUUGUUGCAUAGGUAGAAUGCUGUAUUGCUAGCAUUGUAUUUUAUGUAAUUAUUUUUUGCACAAAGGCAAACAUUUAGAUUAGUUGGUUAAUUUUUUUUAAAUUUUAUGACCAUGCCAAAAUAAUAUUCUGCAGGCUUGUGGAGAACAAAGGACUGUUCUUUAGGACUGAAACUUGAUUUUGCUUGUAGUACAAAAAAACACACACUCACAGAUGUUGUUUCGUAAGUGUUAUAAGCACUGGAUAUAAAUGGUAUUUUUUAUCACUUCUGACUAAUGUGAAACUGUUGUACGAAAACUACAUGAACAAAAGUCAUCUGUUUCGACUCGUGUGGGCCUGCCUCACAGUUGCCGGAUUUGAGUCAUUUUUAUGUCUUGUUAUUUCAUUUAUUUAUGCAAAAUACAUGUAUGUAUGAACACUUUGUUUUAGCUCCAGCCCUGCCUCAGUGCUGAUGCUCUGUACGUUAAAGCCACGUUCUCGAAAAUGAUUGGCGCUUCAGGAAUCGCCAGCUGGUCAAAAUUGCAUUUAUUGGCUGGGGGAGUGGGAGGGACAUAUUUGAAUCCGAAUUGUGCAUAUGAGCAUUUUAUUCUAUUUAUUAGCCGACAUUGGCUCUAAAAUGUCAGUGGAAAUCAACGAAGGACAAUCAUAAGGAUAAAGAAACCAACAUUUUUUACUUUAUUAAUCGGAGCUCAAAACAAAGUUUUUGAUGAUUUUACCAUCUCAUUUUAGAAUUUUUUUUAAAUUGUGUAAAUAUAACAUAGGAAAUAGAAUUUUAUUUUUUGUUCAUGGAUACUUAGUGAAGUAUAAGUUAUGUAUUUACUUUUGUUCUAUAUCAGUGUAUGUUGGUCCAUAUUAAAUGCUGACAAGUCACUGUACCUCAUGUAGAUGCUGAAUUUACACCCGCAGUGUGAGCGCAGUAUUGUGGACCUGUAGCUGGGACAGCAAGAUGCCUCACUUGUGCUCUCACUGAAUUGUAAUAGCAUAUUCCUCAAACACGGAAUACUUUUUCCUUAGAAAGCUGAUACAUCAAAUGUACCAAAUUUCUGAAACAGCUAAUAGGAGACACAGUUUGUUUUGUGAAUCCAAGCAAAAGUGAUGAAAUAUUUUAACUCCCAACAAGGAUGGCAUUUUGAAGUCAAAAACACAUUCCUGGAAGAUUAUCGUGACUAAGACAGCCCUUGCAAUGCAGUCAAGAUGUAAUAAUAUUGAACCUUUAUUUUCUACAUUCAUUGAACCAUGAUAUUGUCCUAUUAGGCUGUAAUACUAGGGGAAAAAGUUCACACAAUACACAAAGGAAGAGGACUGGUGGAAUUGUUCUUUAAACAGCGUGUUUGAGUCCCCCCGAAUAACUCUGAAAAACAUAACAACUCCAUUCAGGUAAUGCACAAAUAUAGUAAUAAUAUUUUCUCUGUGAACAAUUUAUUUAAUUAACAGAUACAAUAUAUUUUCUUUUUGGAAAAUUAUAAAAUACUUAUUUUCAAGAGAAGAACACUCCUGAAAGUCUGAUACCAGCUAGAAUAGAUCGCUUCAUAUUUCAUAAAAAUGGAAGAUUAAAGUCUUAAUGGAAACAGAACUGCUUCCCAGGAUUCAGGUUUACAUGGAGAAAUGACUCUGAUGAAGUAGCCCAAGUGUGAUCUGCCUGUGUGUUUGGGUGUCACCAUUUAGCUCAUGAAACCAUCUGCUGAGAAUACAGGGGCUCACAAUGUGCUCCUAAAUCAGUGUACUCAGGUGCGACAAGAGGCAGGGGGAGGGCAAAAGAUGGGUUUGCUCUGGGCUGGGAGUGCAAAACAAAUAGCUGCGUUAGUCACGAUAAAUACUACGCCCUGUGCAGAGUGUAUGGCAGUCAGCUGAUGGCAAUUACCGCUUUGAGAAGAAACACAACCAUCUCCUAAUACAAUCUAAAAGCAUGGUCCUCUCUCUGGGUUGCCUUUCUGGUUUUGCUUUAUGGUCCUAUCAAAGACGUGACAUUUCAAAAAUAAUUCCCUCAUAAAACAUACUACAAGAUUAACCCUCCUCCUCCGCCUUCUGCCCCCACUGAAACACUUGCCAACCAGCUUAAUUUUAAGCAUGUUAGUACUUCCAUGGCAGUGAUUAGGACCAGUAAAGCAUUGGCAUUAAGUGGGGCAAUCUCUGCUGACCCAGGGUCACAGUGCGAACAACUGCACUAGAGACGCAGCCGGCAGAGCGGCCGAGCGUAUGCUCGAGUUCUCCAUGUUCCCAACGAAAAGCUGGGGAAUGGGCUCGGGCCCUAGCUGUUCAGCAGGCUCGUUUAAGAUUCAACUUGGCACUUAAGCAUGUUCUUUUAAAAGAAUAAUACUAGAUGACCUCAUGUGAUCUUUUACAAAACCCUUAAAAAAACACACUCUUUUCCUUUAAAAAAAAACUUUCCCAAACCUUUUUUUUUAUAUAAACCCAUUAAUAUCUGUGAUUUUUCUCAGAUCAAACUACAUUUUUGAUAUACUGUAAUGUUCUACUACAGAAGGAAAAAAAAUAUAUGUAUAUGCAAAUAUAUUUCAUUUUAAUGCAUCACCCUUUUUUAACUACCAGAUUUGUUGGAAAUGGUGACAAAGAAGUAUUCUGAGAUUUCACACGCUGGGCAAAAAGGGGUGGGGGGUGAAGUGGGCUAAAGGAAAACUUAUCAAAUUGGUAUUUAUGGCAAUAUGAAAGCUAUAAAGCAACUUAGUGACAUGGCUUGCUUUGUAAUUUCCGCUUUCUAAAAACCACAAGUGAGGUCCUUGGUGCUCUUGGAGUAUGGGGAAUGUGCAAAUAUUUAACUGUUUGUAUGCUGCACAUUGCAGACCUGCUAGUGUGCAUUCUCCGUUUGUCUUCCUUUGUCAUUUGUGUUUUGUUUUCUAGAAAGCAAUGUUUUUUUUCUUGUACCUUUCUUCAGCUUGUAGCAAACUAGAAUGCUUAGCAUUUAUGUUCAUUCAUUAUUGUAUUUCCCAUGUACAAAUUUUUUUAUUACAUUAAGACAAGCUUAUAAGCUGUUACUACAUAACUUAUCUUACUGUAACUCUUAUUUCCUGACAUUGUAAUUUGUUUGUGAUGUAUAUUGUGAGAUUGUACUCUAUGUUAAUUUAAUCAGCACAAUUCACUGACAUGCUGGACUGACAUGCUAGCUGCUGUUUCAAAUUGUAAAGUUUGUGUAGAGCUGUUGGGACAACUGAGACUCUCUCGUCAAGGUACUAUGCUUUGAUUCCUAUAGCAACACUGUGGGUGCGGCUCUGAACCACGAGGGCUGCUCGUUGGACACCCACUGGCUAAUUGAACAGGCAGGUUUUCUUUGUAGAAAUUCUAUAUAUGAUGCAGGUACCUACCUGGGCCCAUGGCUGGUAAUUAUUUGGGCGUUUAGAGGAAAAACUAGUGUCUAUUGCUGCUUUGAAUAUGUUUUAAAGUCUGAAAAUGUAAAUAGUUUAUCAAAAAAUCUUGUACAGUCCAGUGUAAAGUUUUUAAAUGAACUUAAAGGUUGCCAUCACAUCUCACACUCUCCUCUUGAUACAGUAAAAAAAAAAAAAAAAAGAGAGAAAAAAGUUUGCUAAGGAUAUUGAUUUAAAACUUUCUGUUCUCAAUUUAAAAAAGAGAAUAGUUAUUCUUAGCUCUGCUUCAUUGCAUAAACAGACUUCUUGGAUUUUGUUGUGCAGUAUUGACGUGAGGUAAAUUAAAUAUUAAAUAAUCCUUCAGUGGUACUUUUAAGAGUCUUCUCCUCCUCUGCCUCAGUAAUUAAUGGAAAAGACAAAAUUGAAAGACACUGUCCAUAUACAGUAUGUUCUGGUGUACGUUGGCACCUUACCUACAUGUUUCGGGUGGGGGGAUUUUUUUUUUUUUUUUUUUUUUUUUUUUUUUUUUUGCACAAGGUGCUUUCCUGAUAUGUUUAACAUGUCAUCUUUGGGUGAUACAGUAUAUGCCAUGACAGGGGUUUAGACCCCUCAGGGGAGUGUCUAUAAGACUGCCUAUUUAUGCUCAUUUACCUCAAGACUGUCCUCUCUACCCUUAAUCUAUUCACCAUCACUCCAUCUUUUGUACUGCUGUUGACACUUACAAAUUAAAGAUAAAUUUUGUUUUA